AUGGCGCUCCCCGGCGGCUUACUCGUGCGGCUCAGAGCGCUGUGCAAUGUCGCCAAAUGUGUCCGUACAGGAGACAAAACGGCGUCCAGCUGGGGCAGAGACAUGCGGUGGUACCGGACCAAAGCCCAGAGCUUUGAGGAGAGCGGGACGGCAUGUCUGCAGACCAAACAAGAUAACGUGAGACCAAACCUCCUGAAGGAGUUUCCAGAUCCUAAAAAUCUCUUGAAUAACACAAUCGCACGUUCACUGGGAGUCAACGACCUUUCCCAGCUCAUCCAGUACAGCUGCACGGAGACUGCUGGUGUCAAGAAAGCCACUGUCACUCUGAUGUGGCCCUGCAAGAUUGAGGAGGAAGGUUUUGCCUCCAAGAAGAUCGAAGCAGAACGUUUUGCUGCAGCUGCUGCUUGUUUCAAGCUCAGAGAAAUGGGUGUCAUUGGUGAAAAUAAUCAGCUCCCAAAAAGGGGAGCCGGCAGGGGAAGAGGAGGGGUUCAAUCACAACUUUAUGAUCACGAGGAAGACUCACGGACAGAAAAUGUAUUUGUGCCGAAAGCUAAAGCAGAUGAACAAAAAGAAUCUCUGCUCCCUAAAGAAGACCCCACCACUAUCUCAGAAGCUCUUUCCCUGUUUCCACAACCUAAAUCUCUCCUCACCAGGGUCAUCCAGGUGGCCACGUCAAACAACAGAUUCAGGGAGGUUGUUCAGUACAAAACAUCAGGAGGAAAGCUAAAGAGGUGUGACCUGACGCUGCGCUGGCCAGAGGAGAUGACGUUCUCCGCCACGGCGAGAAACCGAGCGACAGCAGAGAGGGCGGCUGCUGCUCUUGCCUGCAUGAAACUGAAGGAGCUGGAGCUGCUGGAUAAAGACAACAACCCGCUGACUCACGCAAAUUACCACCGGGAGAAAGUGAGGGAGGCUGGAGAGCGAGAGAGACGCCCCCUCCCUCUGGAAGUCCCACAAUACCUGGAGGAACACAUGAGAGAGUACCUCGCACAGUACCCAGUGGCAACAGAAGUACAGAAGCUUUGGGAGGAAGAAGAGGCCAGAGGACAGCAGGCGGUAAACCAGGAGGAGGAUGAGGAGGAAGAGGAGAACUUGACAGACGCCAUCACAGGCCGGCGGUACAGACCUCUCUCUGAACAACAGGCUCAGCAGCUCAACGCCCACCUGCAGGAUGAGUGGGAGAGUGCGAGCCCUGGGCUGAAUGUGGAGCUGCCGGUCGACGCCCACCGUCAGCGCGUGAUCUCUGAGGUGCAGUCGUCCAGGGUGGUUGUGAUCGCUGGUGAGACGGGAUGUGGGAAGACGACACGGAUCCCUCGCUUCCUGCUGGAGGACAGCGUGAGAGCAGGCGAGGGGGCAAAGUGCAACAUCCUGGUGACCCAGCCGCGUAGGAUCAGCGCCGUGUCCGUGGCCCACCGUGUUGCUCAUGAGAUGGGUCCAGCUCUGAAAAACUCUGUGGGAUAUCAGGUGAGACUCGAGAGCCGACCUCCAGAGCAGAGCGGAGGAGCCUUACUCUUCCUCACAGUCGGCGUCCUGCUGAGGAAGCUGCAGUCCAACCCGUCCCUGAAGGGAAUCAGCCACGUGGUGGUGGACGAGGUUCACGAGAGGGACAUCAACACGGACCUGCUGCUGGCUCUGCUGCGCUACAGCUUAAGGGAGAACCCCGACCUACGAGUGGUGCUCAUGAGCGCUACAGGGGACAAGCAGAGGCUGUCCGAGUACUUUGGAGGCUGCCCAAUCCUUAAAGUGCCUGGAUUCAUGCACCCAGUGAAGGACAGAUACCUGGAGGAUGUGCUGAAAGAGAUGGGACGCCCACUGCGAGUCCAAAAGGCAGUGGGGACAGACAAGCGGGGAGGAAGAGAAGACAUCACACCAGAUGUGGAUUUAGUAGCUGAUGUAAUCGAGCACAUUGACAGAUGUGGAGAGCCAGGUGCGGUGUUGUGUUUCCUUCCUGGAUGGCAGGACAUCAAGGCCGUUCAAGAGAAACUGGAGAGGAAGCGCCACUUUUCCUCAGGCACACAGAUGAUCUUGCCAUUGCACUCUAGUUUAUCAGUUGCAGACCAGCAGGCGGUGUUCCAGCACCCCCAAGAGGGCCGGAGGAAGAUUGUCCUCGCCACUAACAUUGCAGAGACCUCCAUCACCAUAGACGACAUCGUCCAUGUGGUGGACGCAGGAACUCACAAAGAACACAAUUAUGACCCAAGGACUAAGGUCUCCUGUCUGGACACGGUUUGGAUAUCUCAUUCUAAUGUCACUCAAAGAAAAGGGAGAGCAGGGCGAUGUCAGCCGGGACGGUCCUACCACCUGUUCCCUCGACAGCAGCUGGAAACCAUGACUCCCUUCCCCAUCCCUGAGAUCCUGCGCACGCCGCUCGAGAGUUUAGUAGUUCAAGCCAAAAUCCACAGCCCUAACUGCAAGGCUGUAGAUUUCUUAUCCCAAGUGUUGGACAGUCCAGAGCAAGAAGCUGUGAGAGAGGCUGUCGGAAAUCUGCAAGACAUUGGAGUCUUGGACAAGACAGAAACCCUGACGCCUUUAGGAGAGCGUGUCGCCUGCAUGUCGUGUGACCCUCGUCUGGGCAAAGUGCUGGUCCUGAGUGCCAUGUUCAGAUGUGUUCUGCCCAUGCUGUCUGUAGCCGCCUGUCUGACCAGAGACCCUUUUCACAACAGCAUGCAGAACAGAGCCAUCGUUAACAAGGUGAAAGAGCGUCUGAGCCGCUCCAGCUACAGCGACUAUUUGGUGUUUAUCAGAGCUGUGUUGGGCUGGAGGAGAGUUCAGCAUGAAGGGGACAGGGAGGACAGGGAUGAAUAUCUGCACAAACACAAUCUGUCGUGGUUCAGCCUUCGAUUCAUCAAUGGUCUCAUCUCUCAGUUCAGCGAGAACCUGCAUGAAGCCCAGUUGGUGACUCGUUCCAAUGAGUGCCAGCGGAACAAUUCUCUCUACAACGAGCACAGCAACCAGGAUGAGCUGCUUAAAGCUGUGCUGCUGGCUGGACUCUAUCCCAACCUCAUUCAGGUGAAGAAAGGUGUUGUGACCAAAGGACGCUUUCGCCCGAACACUACUUGUUACCGCACACACAACGGUCCAGUGCUGCUUCACCGCGCCUCAGUGAACAGGGGAAAAGAAGAGCUCCCCAGUCGCUGGUUGACCUUUUUCAGCGCCAUUCAGUCCAGUGGGAACGUCUUCAUCAGAGACUCUUCUACAGUCCAUCCUCUCGCCCUGCUGCUGCUCACAGAAUGUGACCUCGCAGAGACAGUGAAGGGAGACAGAGUGGAGGUGUCCUUUCCUGGACGCUCUCUGGUGCGCUGCGAGAUGUCCGCUGGGACCUGGGAGCUGCUGUGGGAGCUACGCACUUCCAUUCAGACCAUGCUGUACCGCAACCUCAACAAUCCCAGCAACGCAAUCACCAACUCCUCUCAGGACGGAAAGCUCAUCUCCUUACUGGUGGAGCUGCUCAACAACACAGACUCAAGCCCUUUGGCUCAGAGCCACACCAGUGACAGUGAGGUGGAUUGACGGCACUGAGCCCUUUCUACACGAGUACGUUGGAUCUGCUGGCUGAUAAGGACGAACCAAAAAGGUUGAUGGUGUCUCAUUUGUUGUUGUUUUCUGAAAGGAAACAAGUUUGAGAACUUAGUCAAUACUUGACUUGAAGAGAGCUGAAAGCUACAGUGGUACAUCUGCUCCAGUUAAUGAUGAACUCCUGUGAGGAAAUCCAUUGGUUUGGAUUUUGGACUGUGGUUUACUAUGUUUAUUUGCUUUAUGAAAAGCAGAAGUUGAAAUUUACUCAGAACUCUCAGAUCAUUGGCCAAAGGUCAUUAAAACCAACCGCAUGUAAUAUAUGAUGUCAUAUUUAUUGCAAUAAAUAUCCACA